AUGGGCGCGCGCGGGGCCUUGUGCGGGGUCGCGCUGCUCUGCGCGCUGGGCCUGGAUGAGAAGCUCUGUUCUGAGACAGACUGCGUGUGUGUCCAGCCUGAAUUCCACUGUGGAGACCCUCAGUGCGACAGCUGUGAGCACCACCCCUGCCCGCCGGGCCAGGGCGUGCGGGCUCAAGGGAAGAUCAGUUUUGGCUUUGAGUGUGUUGACUGUGCCUGGGGAACCUUCUCUGCAGACCGCAAGGGCCACUGCAAACCUUGGGCAGACUGCCCCCAGUUUGGGUUUCUCACCAUGUUCCCUGGGAACAAGACCCACAACGCCGUGUGCAUCCCGGGUCUGCUGCCCGCUGAGCCGCAGGGCUGGCUGACCAUCGUCCUCCUGGCCGUGGCCACCUGCAUCCUUGUCCUGACCGCAGCCCAGCUUGGCCUGCACAUCUGGCAACUGAGGAGACAGCACGUGUGGCCCCGAGAGACCCAGCUGCUCCUGGAGGUGCCGCCCGUGGUCGAUGAUGCCUGCAGCUGCCAGUUCCCUGAGGAGGAGCGGGGGGAUCCAGUGGCCGAGGAGAAGGGCCGGCUGGGGGACCCAUGGGUGUGAGGCCUGGCCAUCCUCGGGGACAGCCAGACCCUGAGCCAGACCCUCCGCAGGAGCUCACCCAGGCCGACCCUCAGGAGCAAGGGCUCUGCAUGCUGCCCUGGGCCCGGCCCCGCUCCCCUCGACGGUGGAAGUGGGUUUAGGGUGAUGACAUUGCAGAGUCCCCCAGAUCAUGCAGAGGGGCAAGAACAGACAGAGCUGUGGCUGCCUCCUUCGCCGGCCCUGCCAGGGUGGGGUGUGUGGGCCCCUCAUCCCCAGGACUGGAAGCAGGUGGCAUUCAAUAAACACUUGUCCAGUGA